UCGCGUGCGCGCGCGUUCGCCAGCGCAGCGACUCUUCCACUUGGAGAAACUGCGGGCGGGCGCGUUAAGCGCAGCCGUCGACGACGCCGCCUCCGAGCGCCUCUCUUGUUUGUCGGUUACUGGCUCCUCCGCGAAGGAAUGCGAUAUUUCGGGAAGUCGGGCCGAAGCCCGACGGGGAAGCUGCCCUGAGUCAAAACAGGCGCACACCGUGCUGUCGACAUGCCCGGCCUUCGCAGGGCCCCACCACCAAGCACCGCCGCCGAUCCGCGGAGUCGAGCGAGGCGCGCGCGUUGCACCUCGAGAAAAGCGUCCCCGAGGAAGUUGUCCGAGUUCGUCGCCGCGCGAGUUGAGUGACUGAGUCGAGCGCCGAAACGACACGACGCUAACGCUGCGGCGUUCUGGGCGAAUCGCUGUCUGUGGCUGGAACGAGUGCCAAGAUAGAAGCGACGUCACUACGACGCGCGCGACUGCUAAGACGACGUUUAGCAACGGUGGCGACCUUGUCGGACUUAUCCAACCUGUCCCGUCGAAGAAGAGGACUUCAUUCCUCCUCUGACUACCUACGCUGACUUUUUCCUUCUUUACUUCUUUCCUCGGCCGUUGGAGAAUUAGUGGUGGGCCGAGUUGCGCAGAAAGAAGCGGAGACGGAAACAGGCAAAUGACAAGACUCCGGACGAAGCGCUAACUUCGGAGGGUUCGCCAUGGGCACGCCGGCGCGAACGAGUGCCGACAUCUCCCCCGGCGAAGGUGACCGAGAGCGCAAACUCGGAGAACUGCCGUCCCCGAGCGAAGAGGACGCCACCAUCGGACUCGAAAAUGUCACGCGACCUGGCGAGGACCGUCUCAGGAAUACGAGCCUGCUGUCCAGGCUUAGCCAGUACACAUGGCUUGUGCCACUUAUACACACCCACUUCUGGGUGUCUGCGGCAUUCUCCCUUAUGCAGCCCUACUAUCCUCGCCUCGCGGCAAACGCUGGUCUCGAAGCGUGGAAGUACGGCUUCGUGUUUUCAACAUUCAAGCUAACAAUGCUUCUUGGAUCUGUAUCCACCGAAAGGCUUAUGGUUCUUUCGACUCCACUGAAAUGCUACCUCUGUGGCCAGGUUGGCUUUUUCCUGUACAAUGUCAUAUUCGGGUCCCUUUACUGGUCACCGGGGGGAACCGUAUUCCUCGCUCUCUCCCUGGUGGCGGUCAUCUUCGGCGGCUUCGUGCAAACAGUGUAUCUUGUCUCAGCGUACUCAGUAGUCACCUCUGAGUUGCAUCAGAGCAGUGGCGUCAUCAUCGCCAUCAUGGAAUUCAUGUUUGGAUGCGGGAACAUGGCUGGUUCUGUGCUCGGAGGAGCCCUCAUCGAUUUGUGGGAAUAUCCUCUGCCGUUCUUUGUCCUGGGUACCAUAAUCAUCCUGUCGAUUCCUUGGAUUAUCAAGCACAAGAAAGUACCGAACAAACAACCUGAAGCGCCACCGGAAGGGGCCUUAAUGCUGGCCCAAGGUUCGGAGAAAAAGCUUUAUCGACUGCUUUGGGACCCACUUUUCAUGGUCAACAUGGUAACACUGAUGCUUUCUUGGGUCAUCAUGGGCUUCAAUGAACCCACCCUGGAACCAUACUUGAGACAGUUCAGCCUCAGCAGCACGCGACUUGGAGUACUGUACAUGGUACAGUUUGCAAGUUACACCGUGGGAGCGGCAUUCGCGGGACUGUUUUGUUACGUCAAGAUGGCAGCAUUUUUUGCUUUUACCGGUCAACUAAUGACGGCUUUCGCCUACCUGAUACUUGGCCCAGCACCAUUUGUUCAACAAGACCCGCAGCUCUGGAUGGUCUACGUCUCCCAGACGUUCACGGGUGUUGGUAUGGCUGCUCAGUUCAUCUGCAGCUUUUCGUUGGCGCUCAGCCAUACAGCUAAGCGAGGGUACCCAGAUGACAUACGUACUACUGGAUUCGUGUCAACUGUUGUAGUGACAUUCUUGGUUAUUGGUGCCAUUACGACCCCUCCAAUAGCAGGGCUUCUCGUAGAAAAGUUCAGCUACAGACCGGGAUCUAUGUUCCUCUUUGGCAUCCUGUUAUUCUGGACACCCAUAACGCUUCUUCACUGGAUUUAUUUGAUGUACACUCAACGAACGAGGAGAGCCAAUGUAGCAUCGCGGGAUCGAUUCAUUUUUUCUCGGAAGUCAUGAAUGUGCCAGCAGUUGUCAUUUGGUGUCAAUAAUAAAUAUAUAUUCAUUUUUUGUAG